CUACAUUUUUAACAGUUCUUCAAAUCCAAGAACUAUAAAAGCAACUGCAUCUUAUUAUUCGGUGAAUUUGAUAGCCAAAGUGACUCAGUGGGUAACUAACAUGUUAGCCACGCGUAAAUUCUUUAAAGGAUGAAGAGAUAAUUGUAGUGCUGAGGAGGAGAAGGAGAACUCCGCAGAGUAGCCUGCGUGUUGGCUUCGAUUAGUGGCAGCGCGUGUGGAGGGCAGGAAAUUGAUGGCUGCUAAUACAAACAUCAGGAGGAAAAACAAUUAAAACUUUGGCCAAAGGAAAAAGUGCUGCUCGACUGCACAAAGCGUAUAAAAUGUGAGUGCUGUCUGCUGUCUGACAUAUUCCUUCGAUAUAUUUCUGCUGUUAAAUAAUACAAAUCGGAAUCGCCUUAAAAUAUGGACAACGAUGAGCCGCAGAUUGCUCGCAGUUUCUAUAAAAUUGCCCGUUUCUCUGGCCAGAUUGUGGGCAUUUGGCCACAACACAAACGCAGCUUGCUCUCGAAUCUGCUCUGUGGCUUUGCCUUUGUGGUGAUCCUUCUUGGAGCAGUGGGCGAGAAUCUCUAUGGAUUCCUCAAUCUCAGCAACUUGGUGACGGCUCUCGAAGCCUUUUGUCCCGGCAGCACGAAAGCUGUGUGCGUGCUGAAGCUCGCAAUGUUCUUUCUGCAUCAUCGUCAGUGGCACGAGAUCGUGCAACGUCUGCGUGGCAUGUUGUGGCACAAUCGAGGGCAGCAGGCACAGCAGCUGCUCGUUGGCUGCUCAACGGUGGCCAAUCGACUCAGUUUGCUGCUGCUUAGCUCGGGAUCGGUGACAAACACCGCCUUCAAUUCGCAACCUUUGAUCAUGGGCCUCUAUCGCUGGUGGUCUCAGUUGCCGGGUCGCAUUGAGCUACCCUUUAAUAUCAUUUUGCCUGCUUUUGCCACUGAAUCACAACUUUUUCCUUUCACGUAUCUCAUCUUGACCUGCUCUGGAUUUUGCACUGUCUUCACCUUUAGCUUUGUGGAUGGUUUCUUUCUAUGCAGCUGCCUCUAUAUCAGCGGCGUGUUUCGUGUCCUUCAACAGGACAUACGCCAAGUGUUUGCAGAUCUGCACGAUGGUGAUUCCAUCGACGCCUUCACGCCGUCGAUAAACGCACGAAUACGAUUGCAAUUGGGGCAAAUCGUCGAGCGGCACAAUGCGAUUAUCGAUUUGUGCACGGACCUAACGGCCCAGUUCACGGUUAUCGUUUUAAUGCAUUUCCUCUCCGCUGCCUUCGUCCUCUGCUCGACCAUUUUGGACAUCAUGUUGAACACCUCCUCGCUGAGCGGCUUAACCUACAUCUGCUACACGGUGGCUGCGAUGACGCAGCUCUUCCUCUACUGCUACGGUGGCAAUCAUGUUAGCGAAAGUAGCGCUGCUGUGGCUGACACGCUCUAUGAGAUGGAAUGGUACAAAUGCGAUGCGACGACUAGAAAAAUCAUUUUAAUGAUUUUGCGACGCUCGCAACGGGCAAAAACAAUUGCGGUGCCUUUUUUUACGCCCUCGCUGCCGGCCUUCAGUUCGAUACUUAGCACAACCGGAUCGUAUAUCACGCUGUUGAAGACAUUUCUGUAAGCCUAUGCGGCGUAUGAUUGAUAUGCGUACAAGCAAUGGCCAGCUGCCUUGUGUCCUUCUCUUUUUGUGUGUUGUUGUGUCAUUUGUUUUUUGUUGUUGCUCAUAUAAUUAAAUGAUCUCACAGAUUUGUCAACGAUUCUCAAAUGGUUUUUUGCUUUAGGGGGGAAGGCAACAGGUUUUCCGAUUGCUUUUCAACUGCAGUUAUACUUUGAUUUAUCAUUUCCAUUGGCAUUUAAAUGUAUAACGACCACGCGAACUGUCACAAACUAAUGAAAAACACUCGCGGCUAUUGCCAUAUUAAUUGGGUCGACAUUCAACUCGCAACAACUUCUGUCAUCUCCAUGGCAACAAUGUCAGUUUUAUGGCGUCACGUUUGUUCCUCUCGGUGUUUCUGCUGCUGUGCUGCUGUUGUUGUUAUUGUCGGCAAAUAUCAAUUAUAAUUGCCAACAUUUUGAAGCCGGACAACACGCAGUCUGCAGCACAUGGCAAAGAGAACGCCGGAAUUGUAGCUGAAGACUUCGCUGCAGAUGAUACCUAUAAUUACCGCACAGCCACAAGUAUCGAAGGAUGUCGACAAAUGUAUAAAUGAAUACGCGAAACAGUGAGCGCCAAAAGUCUUGUAAACACUUGAAAAGUCUAUUACACAAAUUAAUAGAUGUUUUCAAA